AUGAUCCUUCAAUCUAUCAUCUCAUUAUUCUUCCUUCUGGCGCUACCUGGCACGUUCGCUAAAUGUUGCCGCGAAGAUUCAGGAGGCGACUGCGGCGAUAACUCUGUGGGAACCCCUUGCUGCGGAUACAAAGCUUGCAACGCAUUCUGUUGUUCUUGUCUUGGAGUCUCGGUCAUAGGGGAAAUCAUCGACAAAAGCACUACAGAAUGGACGUCUGUCAUCACCGCACCCUAUGACUCGGUGCACUCUACUUUUGAGCAGUGGACCUGCCGUGCCAGCCACAUUACGACAUGGUAUCCUCCUCCGACAAAACGCGCACUUCCCGAAGACGCGGUGACAAACAUAUCCAACUCCGACAAGCUGGUGGCAACAAUCACAGAAAAGGCUCAGCCAACCUGGACGACGGCACUGUUGCAUUCUGCAUACAAUCAAGACGCGCUUGUGGAAUUGGAGGAAACAUUUGAUUUUGUGAGCAAGGGCGAAAAGAGGAACGGCACAAGCAUUAUCACCCUAGAGCAGUACUUCGGCUUCUUCAACGUUUCCAGCAAUGGUACACAGACUGUAUUCGGCAAAUUUGUGGAGGCCAAGUUUCGAGCGCAUGACAAGAACGGGGAUGGGUUGCUAACGGUUGAGGAGGCUCAGUUGCUCUGUGACAGUGAUGGGUGCUAUUAA